CCUUCUCUCGCCGUGCUGGAAAAUGGCUGUGCAGGGGAGCAGCGAGUUUUCAACUGGAAGAGAAAAAACGGCGAAGUGAAAAAAAAGAAUAGCUUUCCGCAAGUUCCGUGCACCAUUGGAAGCUGCAGUGUUACUUUACCCAACAUUGACCGACUCCUGCCAUUUUAUAGUUUCGAGCGACGUCACUAAAAGUGAGAAGACUCAAGAAAUAUCCACGGGGUCACAGGGAGUGCAGGAUCCUAUCUCAGCUGACUUUGGGGGUAAGGCAGACUACACCCUGAACCUACAGAGAUGUACAAGCAUUCAUACCCACAUUCGCACUUGCCCGGAGUGGGGACUUAUCACAAACUCCCCACACACACCUAAGGUUGGUCACAAUCCCUGUCCAGAACAUGUGGGAGCUUUAGAGAACCGAAGAGGAUUAAAGAGCAUCACACUCCGACGCUGGUACUCCAAUUUAGUCCACUUCACUUGGAUUGUAAGAAGCCGCUGCCACACGGCCCUCCACUGGCAAAUUUUGACCCCGGCUGCCGCCAGCAGGUGUCGGACGCUUUAAGGAGCAUGUUGCCGACGCUCUCCCUCUGCUCCAUCGUGUGGCUCAACCGGGGUAUCAAGCUGAGGAAAGUGCACCACUUCAACAACACCGGUCAGGUCUGAAACAAGCCUGCGGGGGUCGAGUGCUACCUUGCGGACGUACGAAAAUGCUUCUCAGCUACGGGUGACUCAGUGGGUCCCCUCCACCACCACCAAGGCCCCACUGCGAUAGCCCGCUUUUUUCGCUGCUUUCUCGGGGCAGGAUUUGUGUCGAGCUGGACCCACUUAUUGCAGGGGGACUUGGCCUGCACUAUAUAAUCCUCCACUCGGUGGCCAUUUUGAAUCGUGCUUCCCUCGCAAAAUGGCAGCGGAAGGUUUCCAGUACCGUGCCCUCUAUGUGUUUACCAAGGACCAGGAAGAAGACUUGGACCUGCAGCCAGGGGACCUCCUGAUUGUGAGCAAGGUCUCGCUGCUCUCCGUCGAGAACUACCACGAGGGCUGCGCGGAGAAGCCAGAGUGCCUCGGCUGGCUUCUCGGUUACAACGAGCGCUCUAAGCAGAGAGGUGACUUUCCUGGGACGUAUGUCGAAUAUGUGGGGCCUGUCAAGAUGGCGCUCCCAUCGAGUCAACCCAGGUCUCAGCGACCUCUGCCUGCUGCUCCCGCACCAGAGUCAUGUCAAGCUGCCUCAGUGCCCGACCUGAGUGAGCAGUUCACACCAGGGAAGACGGCUCCCGUCGCCCUCGUCAGCCUGAUCAAAGCCAUAGAGCAAAGAGGUCUCACUUCUCCAUUGCUGUACAGGACAACUACCAAUUCCUCCAUUUCAGACAUCCCUAUGCACACUUUUAUUCAAGAGAGUGAUAUCACUCAGACAGAUGUGGGCAUCUUGUCAGAGUGUGUCUUGCAAUACCUGAGAGACCUUCCAUCACCUCUCAUCCCUGCCUGUACCUACGCUCAUCUCCAAACUGCUAUCACACAGCAGCAGCGGGCCCUACAGCAGUCAGCAGACGGUACAGUGGCCGACAGCCAUGACAGAGAGGUAAGCCGGGUCCUGGAGAGCUCAUCUACCGUCCCUUUCCAUCACCGCCUCACCUUGCAGUACCUCCUCACACACCUGGCCACGGUAACGCAGGCACAGGCCAGCAAUGCCUUGGAUACACACACGGUUGCCAAGAUCUUUGGACCGCUGCUGAUCAGGACAGCCACCUCUGCUCCAUUGUUGUCGUUGGAUGAGGAGUUUCCUGCCCUUGUAGUGGAGCGCCUUCUGAUUGAGAGAACUGCAGAACAAGACCUCACACCACCAGUUCUUCCAGCAAAGCCACCAAAGACGAAAGUGACACCCACAGCAGCUACGACGGACACAAGCACCCUUCUCGGCGAUGCCGAAUGGUACUGGGGAGAAAUAUCCAGGGAGGAGGUCAACGAGAAAUUGCGAGACACUCCGGAUGGUACCUUCCUUGUCCGAGAUGCCUCAAGCAAACUCGAGGGCGAGUACACGCUCACCCUCAGGAGAGGUGGGAACAACAAACUUAUCAAGAUCUACCAUAGAGAUGGCCGCUAUGGCUUCUCUGAGCCGCUCACCUUCCUGUCUGUGGUGGAGCUAAUAAACCAUUACCGACAUGAGUCCUUGGCCCAGUACAACGCCAAGCUGGACACCAAACUUCUCUACCCUGUUUCCAAAUACCAACAGCUGGUGAAGGAGAACAGCAUAGAGGAGGUUGGUGAGCAGCUGAAGAUCUAUCAUGAGCAAUACCAGGAGAAGAGUCGCGAGUACGACACCCUGUAUGAAGAGUACACACGCACCUCACAGGAACUGCAAAUGAAGCGCACAGCCAUCGAAGCCUUCAACGAGACCAUCAAAAUAUUUGAGGAGCAAUGUGAGACUCAAGAACGCUAUAGCAAAGAAUCUCUGGAGCGCUUCCAGCGUGAGGGCAAUGAAAAGGAAAUUCAGAAAAUCCAAAGCAACUCGGAGCGUUUGAAAUCUCGCGUGAAAGAGAUCCACGACAGCAAACGAAAGCUGGAGCAGGACCUGAGAAAGCAGGUCUCCGAUAACAGGGAAAUCGAUAAGAAGAUGAAUAGUCUCAAGCCAGAUCUCAUGCAGCUCCGCAAAAUUCGAGAUCAAUACUUGAUAUGGCUGACACAGAAGGGUACAAGGCAGAAAAAGAUUAACGAAUGGCUCGGCAUAAAGAAUGAUGCUGAUGACUCGUACUCGCUCGAGGACGACGAGAGCUCACCCCACCAUGAUGAGGGCACUUGGUACGUGGGCGACAUUAAGCGCACCCAGGCCGAGGAAUUGCUGCGAGGGAAAUGUGAUGGAACCUUCCUCAUCCGUGAGAGCCAAUCACAGAAAGGCUCGUACGCCUGUUCUGUUGUUGUGGAUGGAAACACGAAACACUGCGUCAUCAACAAGACGGCCACAGGUUACGGAUUCGCCGAACCGUACAAUCUCUACUCAUCCCUCAAAGAUUUGGUGCUUCACUACAAAAAUGUCUCCUUGAUCCAACACAAUGACCAGCUGAAUGUAAAUCUAGCAUACCCGGUCCUGGCCCACUCUCAGAAUCACAACCAGCACCCCAGAUGAAUUUCUGACCAGCAGAUAAGGGACUUCACCGGGGGCGGGGCGGUUCCACUGUCAUACAUUGGGGGUCAAAGGGUGAGUAGGGAGGUGUACUCUGAAGCAAGGUCGAUCUUGUCUGUAAGUGGCAAGUAAAAUCCACUUAAUUAGCAUGACAAACUGGCUAGAGGCUGGGCUUUGUUUUCCAUCUGAUCCCAGUGGAGCUAAGAGCACGUCUUGCUAGUAGCAUGCUUCACAACAAGCAUACCGACUUGUAACUUCUGCACUUUACAGUUGGCCUGUCGCAGCGAGCCGCUUCAGCCAGACAUAACUGUACAGUGCACAUUACACAUGCACCAUUGUGAAAAUACACGAUAACACAUCUUGAUACAGAAGAACAACGUGUUCAAGAAUAAGCACACAAAUUCUGUCGAAGAGGAGGGAGAGAUGGUUGGAUGAUGAGAAUUUUUUAGAGGAGACACUUUUUUGCCUGAAAACAACAUGGUAGCUUUUGAUAGACAAAGGCCCGACCUGUUAUCCGAAAACCGCCUGCAAACUCUCCGUAGACAAAAGCCUGUGCUGUCAUCCUGUGAAAAGGACUGGUUUGGCUCAACCAGGCUGUUUGCUUCACACCUUAAGGGCGGCUGAGAAAGCGUUGGACUUGGGUGGUGUAGUCACUGGAGCCUGUGGAAGGGGAUGAGGUCGAUAUUUAGUGGAAAGGAUGUUUUUAGGGCUUUGUAGUUUUGUUGGAAAACUCGAGUUGAAUUUGGUGCUGGUCUAAAUACAUCAGGGGUGUCCAAACUUUUUGCCAAGGGGGCCAGAUUUUAUGUUGUAAAAUGUCGGGGGGCCGACCUUGGCUUACAUUCUUUACAUUGAACAACAAUAUUGUUCAGCAAAUUUUAGUAAGCCAGUCUGUUUCACAUUUCCAUUUUUAUUUUAAUUUCAACAAUCUUAAGAAUUUCUUUUGGUUCAUUUGAAACAGGUAUAUCACAUGCAACUGCUUAUUCACUUGAUUUUUUCUUAAACAGAAGUCUCCUGAGUGCAAAUUGAUUGAUUUGAAACAUAAAAUGUAUCACCAUGACUUUUCAAUAGUCACAAAACCUUUGACUUGAACAACAGGGAAAUGAACAAGCAAUACACAUAUCCACAACUGCAAGGAUCAUUUGAAAUAUGACAUAAUUGUAAAGUGUCCUUGGGUGUCUUUAAAGGCGCUUAUAAAUAAAAUGUAUUAUUAUUAUUAUAUCAGUCAAUAUAAACACGGAGUGAUGUCUUGUUAACUCGUGAGUGAUGCCCUCUAGUGUCUAAAUGCUAUUACUCAUUUAGUUAAUGCUAUUACUCAUUUAGCCACUAGAGGGAAGCAGUACUGUAUGAAACAUCACUCACCAGUCUACAAGACCUCAGUCAAUGCAACACGUGUUCCAUUGCGCCCAACCUGCGGGCCAGACGGCACUGAUUUUAUGGCAGGGGCCGAGGGCCGGAUGAAAUUCGACCGCGGGCCGGAUUUGGCCCGAGGGCCGGACUUUGGACAUGCCUGAAAUACAUAGUAACAGCUUUUAACUGACCACGAGCUGAGAGAGACGGGAGAGAAAGUCUGUCAAAGUAGACAAAGCUGCCGCUUUGAAAUAUCCUCUUUUUGAAUUGACGUGAGAUAUAACACGAUAAAAAAAAAUGCACGGUACUUAUCGUGAAAUGUUUGAGUCAGUACAUUGAUGAGUGCAGUUCGUCAGGAUGACUGAAAAUAGUGGAAAAUGCAUCCAACUUGUUUUUGUUUCUUUCUUGUUGGGUCCUCUUCAAGACGGUCGCAUUUGUAGCCAUUGACUUAACUGUUAGUGCUUAUUCUAUGUCUGCUUUCUAUAUGCUAAUGAAGGUAUAUGCAAAGCAUCAAUCGAUGUGAUUAUUGUACCUUUGGUACUGUAUUUGCUUUGUUCCUACUUAGACUGUUUCUUCCGCGGCCCUUGCAGAUGUUAUUUUUUUAUUUUAUAUUUUGAAUAUAAUAUCUACGGUACUUCCCCUUUUUGCGUUUGACUGUUCGUUUUAUCACAAGCUUCACUCGCAGAGCUGGAGAACAAUUAAUGUACAGAAAAAAGAAAAAGCAGUAAUAUAACCACGUAUUUUGGCCGUACAUGCAGUCGAUGUAUGCAAGUGGAGUGGCGCUUGGAUUCCAUUUUCCGACAUCAAGCUAAUGUGAGCCAAAUGAAGGAUUUAAAAGCAUUGUUGUUUGUUUCUUUGUGGUCACAGAGAUUAGGAAGUCCUUCAUGCUUGUUUUUCUACCUGUUAUGCAUAAACAGCGGUUUUCAAGUUUAUGAGGCCAGUGGUUCUCAAACUUUCCAUGCCAAGUAUUCGAUAAUUUAUACCUAAAAGGCACAGUUAACAUUAUUGUAAGCUACUGUGACAUUACGCACAGUUGGAAAAUUAACAUGUUGCUUUGG